UUGUCACAUAUAUCUCGCUGUUGCUGCCUAUCCGUUCUCACGCUUUCUCCCAAAAGAACGAAGACUCUGAAGAUGCCACUGCCGCCGCCUCUCAACUUUCCGAAAUGGAUCGAGGAGAACAAGCACCUCCUGAAGCCCCCGGUGAACAACUUUUGUCCGUACCACGGCAAGGACUUCAUCGUCAUGGUCGUCGGCGGACCAAACGAGCGCAACGACUACCAUGUGAACGAGACUGAGGAGUGGUUCUACCAAUACCAGGGCGGCAUGGUCCUUCGUGUCGUAGACGGCGAAGAGUUCCGUGACAUCUGCAUCGAGGAGGGCGAGAUGUUCUUGCUGCCUGCAAACACCCCUCAUAACCCGGUGCGCUUUGCGAACACUAUUGGCCUCGUCAUGGAGCGUCCCCGCCCCGACGCAGCGAUAGAUCGCUUGCGCUGGUACUGCAAGUCUGGCAAGCAUUCCAAGCCGACAAUCAUCCGCGAAGACACGCUGCACGUCACGGAUCUCGGCACCCAGUUGAAGCCCAUCAUCCAGAACUGGAUGGCGAACGAAGAGCUACGCAAGUGCCCAGAGUGUGGUGCCGUCGCGGAGGCCAAGUAG